AUGGCUACCGCGCGACCCGGGCGUCUGGCCCCAUCCCCAGCGCGUCCCCGGAGGGCGCGCAGCCGGGAAGCCACACCGGGCCCAGGGGCGCCGGGACUACGGCCGCCCCCGCCCAGAGCGCGCGAUGACUCACAAAUGCAGCAGCUGAGACCUGAGUCAGCCCGAGCGGCGGGCACGCGCGGCGCGCUCCCGCGAGGCCGGGGAAGGGGCGAGGCCGGCCCGGGGAGCGCGCGGGGAGGGGGAGGGGGCGGCCGGGGCCCGGGCCCGCCCGCCGCCCCCCCCAAACUGCGCCACACGCCGCGGCGGGGUCACGCGGCGGCCGCCGCCAUCUUGUGCGGCCGCCAUCUCCCGGCCCGCCGCGCCCGCGACUCACCGUUUUCGUCAAAUAAAGACAUAAACCCAACGCUGCUCGCCCGGGACUGGGAUGAAGUGAGGCGCGAUAGAAACCCGAGUCCGAGUCCGAGGAGGCGGAGGCGGAGCGCAGCGAGGAGCGGCCGGGCCAGGUGCCGCCGCCGAGCAGCGGGGAGGGGCUGUCCCAGCGACGUCCGCGGUCCACACCCGUCAGCGCCGGAGCCUGGCGACCUGGCGCGGAGAGACGGCGCCGUGAGCCGCGGGCGGGUCGGGGGGUGCGCCUUCCCGGCCAGCCAGCAGCCCGCGGGGUCGGGGGUGCGGGGAGAACCGGGCAGGGGGCGCGGGGCCGCCGACCCUCCACCGGACUCACCUCUGGAAUGUUCUCGCUCUGACUGAACAACGCCGCCGCCGAGCUCAAGCUACCCUCGGCCCCAGCGCCCGCCCCCCGCGUGAGGCCUCACUGUCCAUUGGCUGGAGGCCUGCCAUAGCUCGCUCGUCAUUGGUUCGCUUGCGGCGUCAAUCGCGCCGUUCCGCACCCCUUCUGCUUCCUGAGGCUCCACUCGUGGCCUCGGCCCGCCUCCAGCCCCGAUCCCCGCUUCCUUCCUCUCCCCUCCCGUUUCCCAGAGGCCUUAGCGGCGCAACCUUAGGUUGUCGCGAGAGCCGGAAAGGCCCUGGCUGCAGGGCCGGGCCGCGGGGGAUAGUGCUUUGUCAAUUUGGGCGCUGCGGGGAAGAUGGCGGUUGGUUUCCCUCCACGCCGGGUCUGGGCCAGGCCGCGGCGUCGCGGCGACUCCCGGGUCCCAGGACCAUCGCCCUCGAAACCGCUCUCGAGGCCGUGCUUCUGUGGCCGACACUUUGGGGGGGAGGAAACCCGACCGCGUUCUCCCAGCUGCGGGCGCUCGUCUGUUUUCCGGUCCCCCCCCCCCCCCGGGGACGCAAGUCUCUGGGCCUCGAGGACUGAGUUGUUUUUCCAUCCUGAGCCCCAGGCCUGGGUUAUUUAUUCCCAGGGCUGUCUUCUGUGUCGGACCCGGGUGGAGUGGCCGCCGGCGGAAUGAGCCCGAGCCUCGCCAGUGACCGCCCGUGGCGGUCGUGAGGCUGCCCCGCCGCCUGGGUGCCAGCCCGCACCCGGCCUCCGCGCUUAGCUUAUAAGGCUCAUCGCGUCGCUUCCCGUUUUCGGAAGAGGCAGCCCUUAAUUGGUUUGGAAUCCUGGGGCCUCCUGUAGGCGCUUGGUGGUGGGGUCUCGCCUUCUGGUGAAGGCUUACCCCCUCCCAGGCUUGAAAAGCGCUGUCCGUCCUUCCUGCUUCCCUGUACCCUCCAGUUAAUGACUUGUGAAUUCCUUGACAGGGAAAUCGUAGCCCUGGGCAGGAGUUUUAUAAUGAGAUUCCAAUGUAUUCCAUUGAAAAUUACUGUUUACGCGAUGGUCGCGGUGGCUCACGCCUGUAAUCCCAGCACUUUUGGAGGCCGAGGUGGGCGGAUCACCUGAGGUCAGGAGUUCGAGAUCAGCCUGGCCAACAUGGUGAAACCCAUUCUUUACUAUAAAUACAAAAAAUUAGCUGGCAUGGUGGCGGGCCUGUAAUCCCAGCUACUUGUGAGGUUGAUGCAGGAGAAGCCUUGGACCCGGGUGGCAGAGGUUGUAGUGAGCCGAGAUCACACCACUGCACUUCAGCCUGGACGACAGAGGGAGAGACUGUCUCAAAAAAAAAAAAAAAAAAUUUAGAAAGAGGCUCUCAUAUUUUCUGUUGAAACAUUCUUUCUGAAACUUGGAUUUGUGUGUGUGUGAAAACUUGAGACUUAAAAACGCAUCCAUAGUCCACCCUGAAGUUUGAAGACAUAACUUGGCCGCAGUAGAGUGAGAGCCCCUCUAACCUGCACUCUGGUUUCCGGUGCAAUCAUCGUGAAGUCCUGAAUGGCCGUGCAGAUUUCCCGAUCUGGAAAAGGGCAGUGUUGCUGAGGACAGGAUGAGGUGGAUAAGGGGCUGCCUUUUGUUUUAGACCAGUUGCAUUUGCACUAAGGUUAGAAUUGGAAGCUAUGUUGAUUUUUAUUAAAAUCCAAGAUCGCGCUUUCAUAACUUGAAAGCUUUAUAAACAAAAAUCGGCAGUGUUGGUGGGAAGAAAAAAAGGCACGAUCCAGAAUUGAGAGGUGAUUUGUGUCCUUUAGAGCAGAGACUUUUCUAAUCCCACAGUGCGUAAGCUGGUGUAUAGUUGUUGCGCCAAAUGCACAGUGCCUUAUGAGGACCAGGACUCCCUUCAGACAAACUAGAAAAGCGGAUCCCAGGCCGGGCGCGGUGGCUCACGCCUGUAAUCCCAGCACUUUGGGAGGCCGAGGCUGGUGGAUCACGAGGUCAGGAGAUUGAGACCAUCCUGGCUAACACAGUGAAACCCAGUCUCUACUAAAAAUACAAAAAAUUAGCGGAGCGUGGUGGCACAUACCUUUAGUCUGAGGCAGGAGAAUCACUUGAACCCGGGAGGGAGGUGUUUCAGUGAACCAGGAUCGAGCCAUUGCACUCCAGCCAGGGCCGCAGAGUGAGACCGUCUCAAAACAAACAAACUUGUGUUAUUUUUUCCCUUUUAUUUUUAUUUAACACAUAACUACACACAAGAUACAAAGUGACAUUUCAGUUCAUGUAUACAAUAUAAUCAAAGAGUAAUCAGCAUAUCCAUCACCUCAGAUAUUUAUCAUUUCUUUGUGUUGGGAACAUUCAGAAUUCUCUAGCUUUUUGAAAAUGUACACUAGAUUAUUGUUAAGUAUAUUCCCCUGAAAUACUACAGAUCACUAGAACUUGUAAAGCUGUAAUUUUGUAUCAAUUUCUUCCUCUCUUCCCCUCUCACUACCCUUCCCAGCUUUUAACAAAUCACAAUUCAACUCUCUACUUCCAUGAAGUCAAUUUUUUUAAGCUCCCACAUAUAAAUGAGAAUAUGUGGUAUUUAUCUUUCUGUGCCUGACUUAAUAUGAUACUGUUCUCCAGUCUCCGCCAUGUUGCUUCAGAUAACAGGAUUUCAUUUUUUUUUUUUUAAUGACUGAAUGGUAUUCUAGCACACAGACACACACACAUCUCACUCUGUUGCCCAGACUGGAGUGUAGUGGUGCAAUCUCAGCUCACUGCAACCUCUGCCUCCUGGGUUCAAGCAAUUCUCCUGCCUCAGCCUCCUGAGUAGCUGGGACUAUUGGUGUGUGCCACCAUGCCUGGCUAAUUUUUGUAUUUUCGUAGUAGAGACAGGGUUUCACCAUAUUGAACAGGCUGGUCUCGAACUCCUGACCUUGUAAUCCACCCACCUUGUCCUCCCAAAGUACUGGGAUUACAGGUGUGAGCCACCUUGCCUGGCCUGUAAUAAAUUUUUUUUUUUUUCUUUUUGUCAAUCAAUGAGAGCAUGUAAGUUGCUCAGGUUGGCCUUGAACUCAUGGCCUCGCCUCAAGCACCAGGUCAACGGGUCGGAGCCACCGUGGCCCCCCUAUAAAUUUUCUUUAUCCAUUUUUUUUUUUUAAUAAUAAGAUAGGGUCUCACUGUGUUGCCCAGGCUGGUCUCAAACUCCUGGCCUCAAGCAUUCCUCCCGCCUUGGCCUCCCAAAGUGCUGGGAUUAUAGGCAUGAGCCACUGCAACCAGCCUAUCCAUCCAUUUGUGGGUAGACACUUAAGUUUAUUCCGUAUCUUUGGUACUGUGACUGGUGCUGCAGUAAACAUGGGGCUGCAGAUAUCUCUCUGAUAAUAGUGAUUUGAUUUCCUUUGGAUGAAUACUCAGUAGUGGGAUUGCUGGAUCACAUGGAAGAUCUAUUUUUAUUUUUUUGAGAAGCCUCCAUGCUGUUUUUCGUAAUGGCUGUGCUAAUUUACCUUCCCACCAACAGUGCAUCGGUUUCCUUUUCUCUGUAACUUUGCCAGAAUUUGUUAUUGUUUUGUUUUUGUGGUUUUGAUUUGCGGUUUCGAUGUGCAUUUCCCUGUUGAUUAGUAAUGUUAAGCAUUUUUCAUACAUGUGUUGGCCAUUUUUAUGUUUUUCUUGGAGAAAUAUUUAUUGAGAUCCUUUGUCUAUUUUAAAAUCAGAUUUAUUAUUUUUUGUGGUUGAGUUCCUUGCUUAUUCUGGAUAUUGGCACCUAAAAAUUACUCUUAAUCAUAGCAUUUGUUGAAUGCUUAUAUCCUAGAAGUUUUCUAAGUCCUUUGCAUACAUUAUCUUAUUUCUCAAACCCUAUGAGAAAUUUGUAUUCCCAUUUUACCAAUGAGCAAACUGAGGCUUAGUGGAAAAAAAAAUUAAGCAAUUUACCCAAAUCAUGUACCUAGUAAGUGGCAGAGCUAGGAUUUAAAGACACAUCUUUCUGAUCCCAAAACCUGUUCCCUUAAAAAUUAUGUGGCAUAGCCUCUCCAGAUAAACACAAAAACAAACAAAACUAGGCAUUUUACAUAUGUAAUCCCAUUCUUUAAUAAUCAUGUAAGGGGAUGUUGUUAUGCCCAUUUUACAGGUAAGGAAAGAGACUUCUCCGAAGUCACCUCCCUAAUAAAUGAUGGGUGGCGUUUGAA